AAAUUUUCCGUUCUUCAGUCAGUCUCCUGCUCAGUUCUCGCGCACUUCUCUGAUAUCACGCUCGACAAUUUUCGGACUUUCCAAGAAGCUUAGAAAUUGAUAAAAACAUCAGGGACAUCACUAUUACAACGCUGUUGCCAACCCACGCUACAUUAGAACCUUUUCAUAAUUUAUUGUAAAACCGAUUACAGGUCAUUUCGCCAGGAUCCUGAAAUGUUGAUAUAUCCAAGGAUGGACUCGACUGCUUGCCUUCUGGUCUCCCUCAUCACUCUUGGGAUGCAUCUACAAGUGCAGUGCAGUGCUCAGACUGUCAUCGCCAAGUAUGGUGCGACAAUUGAAGUGCCCUGCAACAAUGGAGCUGCCAUGCCAACCGACCUUAUCUUCCUUAAAUGGAAAUACGAAAAGGACGAUGGUACUCCCGGGGACCUCCUGGUCAAGCAGGCCCACAAGGAGGAGGCCACGGUGCAGGCCACAGAUGGCUACAAGACACGUGUUAGCAUCACGGCUAACUACACUCUGCUCAUCAGCCAGGGCUCCCUCUCAGACCAAAGAACCUUCACCUGCAUGGUAGUGUCAAGUUCCAACCUUGAUGAGUACUCUGUCAACGUCCAGGUCCACAAGAAGCCAUCACUACCUCAGAUACAGGACAAAGCAAAAGAACUUGAGAACACUAAGCUGACAGCAUUGGGAGUGUGUGUUGUGAAGGAUGCCAACCCAGCAGCAAACAUAACAUGGUCUAAAAACGGCGAGCCGCUGGUGGCUAAUGGAAAAACCAUCAUCGUCAGCUCCAAUGUGAAGGUGGACCCUGUGAACGGCUUGUCCAGCACUACCUCCAGUCUGCAGUACGCCGCCGUCAAGGCCGAUGUCGGAGCCCACUUCACAUGCUCCUCCAAGUACCUCCAGGACCUCCUGGUGUCGCCAUCAGAGACCUUCACCAUCCACUACCCUACUGAGAAAGUAAGCCUUCUGGUGCAGGCUACGGGCCCCAUCAAGGAGGGAGACAACGUGACACUGAGGUGCCAAGCCGAUGGCAAUCCCCCGCCGACUAGCUUCGACUUCUCCAUCAAGGGCCAAAAAGUGACUGUGAAAGACAAGGACACCUACAUUCUGACUGGUGUCACACGCAACAGUACUGGAGAAUACAAGUGCUUGCUGCCCGGCGACAACAACAUAGAGGCUUCAAAAAACCUGGUUGUGAACUACCUGGAUUUCAGCCUGACUCCCUCAGGGAUGGUUCUGAAGACUGUGGGGCACACCUUGGAGGUGACGAUGGAGAAGAACUCGUCGGGCGAUGCUAAAGUGUCCUGGACCAAGGACAACACCAAACUGGAGAAGGCGCCCACAUUUGGUCAGCUGACCUACGCCGGUAGUGGUUUCUAUGUGUGCGAGGUGGCGGUGGCGGGUAUCAAACGCAGCAAGUCCUUCCAGCUGGUGGUCGAAGGAAUCCCUGUAAUCACAAGACUGACCAAGCAGCGCAGCGAGGACGGCCAACACAAGGUUCUGACGUGCGAGGCGGAGGGAGCACCCCAGCCUGCUGUCCUGUGGAGUGUCAACGGCACAGAUGAGCAGAGCUCCUACUUCAAUGGUAAGGCCGUCCACAAAAUCACUGUGGUGCCCACUGGAAACCUCACCGUCACCUGCACCGCCAUCAACAAGCUGGGGGAGGACGUCAUGGUCAUCAACGUGUCUGCCUUAUUUAACAAGGAAACGUCUGAGAAAGGGACUGGGGAUGACGGCGACGACCGGGCCAAGCUCAUCGUGGGGAUCGUGGUGGGCCUCCUCAUCGCUGCUGCUGUUGUUGGCUUGGUUUACUGGCUCUACAUGAAGAAAACAAGACAAGGAACAUGGAAAACAAACGAGAAAGAAGCGGGCACAUCAGAAGAGAGCAAGAAGCUGGAGGAGAACAACCACAAGCCUGAAGUGUAGAGACGGGGGAGCUCCAGGAACUCCAGGAACAAAGGGAAGAAGCGGUCAAGGAAGGACUUGACUCGUACAGUAAGCAGUGUAACAGUACACAAUAUGAUGACUGGCCACCGACAACCCUCCAUCAGCCUUAUACGGAGCAACCCGUAUCACAGAAUAGUUCCUAAUUCUCACAAACUGUCCCCUCCCACCGCUAUCGUCCAUUUAUUUGUAGUCUGCACCUGAGACCGCCUCUCAAUUUGUAUUUUUAUUUUUUUUUCCUUGUGUUCCUGGUAAAUGCUCUUUUAUUUUCAGCUCAGUGAUGGUGAAGUAGGUUUUAUUUGGGCUUUUUUUUCUCAGAUAGUUAAGGUAAAAAAAAAGAAGAAUGUAAAUUUCCUGUACACUUGGCCUGUAUGUUGUGGCGUACAAGUGCAACCUGACCAAGCCUGCUCUGUGCCUGAGUGCGCUCUAUGACUGCAAGGACAGAUCCUUUGGGGAGUGGCCACCACGCUGGAUCAGCCUCCCAGGCUCUUCCCCACCCAGUGUCCAGACUUCACUGCUGUUCACCCAGUGUUCCUCACAGCCUUGCCUGUUUUUCUAUGUAUAUUUUUCAAAUGUUGACCCUUACUGUAUCCCUCUAUUCUCACAGUCCCCCCCCCCCCCCCAUGUAAAAAAACACAUUGCUGUGCCCAAUUUAAUUUGGCCAAGCAAUGCAUGCAUGCCUCAACAGUUUAAAGAGCCUAAAUAUGGACAGAUUUUUAUCAUGAUGGGAAGAUAACUUUUUUUUUAUAUUCCUUUUGAGGCAUUGGAUAUCAGUGUCUACGGUGUACUGUAUGGUAGUAUACACUGUGUCCGUUUAGACUCACCGUCCUGCGUGUGAUCAUUUAGCCAUUUUGUGUGUUUGUAGCAGACCUGGGAUUAAUAGUAUUCGACUUUUAAAUACUUUGCUUCUUGCAACCCAUCUGGAAAGCCUGAAAGGUGAAGUUUUAGAGUCCUUCCACUGGUUCAGUUGAGCAAGGGAAGUUCCAUCCAACAGAUAUGGCACUGUAUUUGAUAAAGCCUCCAAAUAUGAUUUUAGCCUAGGCUUGUAGUGUUAGCAGUACUCGUGGUUUCUUUCCCUCAUUGCAGGUUCACUCUAAAUACGUUUGUUGUGAAUGUUCUGCUUGUGAUUUUGAUCUAUUUAUCCUGUGUGAGACAUGCCAGGUCAGCUGAUAAUAGGCAAGCUUACGAGGUAGACAUACAUAAGGCUUGAUUUCCACCUCCAACACACAUUGUUUUUAUUAUUUAAAAGGUACUGUUUGGAGCUACAUGGAGAGAAAAAAAGCUGUGCAGUGUAUUUUCCAUGUUUGUUUUUUUGUUGUUUAAGGUCUGAGGGACUAUUUUAUUGGUCAAGAUAAUGGUUUGUGUUGGAUUGGCAAAUUGUUCUCAUGCAUUUAGUUCCUUUACAACCGUCAGGGCAGCAGUGAAACCAAAGAGGGUAAGAUGAGAAGGCCAUACAAAUAUUGUAAAUAAAUACUUUUGUUUUUGUACGUUUGUUGAGAAUAAAGUGUACAUUUUGAAAAAAUUGCCAUCCCAAGAAGAGUGAACAAAUCAACCGGAAGAGUUUUUUGUGUUUCAGAAAUGUUUACCUGUAGCACACAAUGCAUAAAUAACAGACAUGCACACAGUUUCAUGUUAAUACUGGCUUUUAUAAAACAUUAAAAAACAAGAACAAAUUAA